AUGCGAGGUUUGCUCUCCGUGACGCUGCUGCUGCUCAUCCUGACGCUCGCCGUCGACGCCAACAAGAGAGCCAAAAACCACAAAGGAGGGAAGCAUGAGAAGUCUCGGCCGGCCUCUGAGUGCUCGGCUGCAGAGACUCAUUACGGGAAAUGUGUCCCAGAACACGGAGACUGUGGAGACGGUCUGAGAGACGCGACGUGUAAGGACCGAACCGACCAGAUCCACUGCAGGAUCCCCUGCAACUGGAAGAAGAACAUCAGUGACUGUAAGUAUAAGUUUGGUCCGUGGGGGCCGUGCGACGGCGCCACCAAGAGCCGCUCAGGGACUCUGAAGCGAGCGCUGUUCAACGCUGACUGUCAAACCACCGUCAGCGUGUCCAAACCCUGCUCCCCCAAAGCCAAGAAGACCAGAGGAGAGAAGAAGUCAAACUGA